GGACCCACCCGGAGCGUUUCCGGGUGUGGAAAACCCACAUUUCCUCCUGCCGAGUGCCGACACACAUUCCCAAGAAAACAUCCUGGAUAACGGGCCGAGCUGCGUGGGAGUGCAAUCCAACGAAUGAAACAGAACACUCGCGCUGGAAGACAGAUAGUUCGCGAGGGCAUGUUUGACAACCUACGGUGGGAACCGAGGAAUAUUUGAGAUGUCAGCGCAUCAUUUCCAAACACCAUUCGUCAGCCAGCUGUUGUUCACAUUUCGAGUUUGCAGACCUUCUCUAUACUGAAUCUUUUCAAUAUACAAGACAUUAAGCAAGCAGUUUAAAUAGGAAAACAAUAUGUGGCUAUAUACUUUGGCUAUUGCUCUCACUGUCAUUGCGCGUGAUGUCAACGGAGAGCCACAUACGCGUCCAUCCUCAGCGACGCAGCUGAAUUCAACAUUACCGCCUCGAGAAGAAAAUUCAUCACAUAAUGCAACAGAUGCAGCGGCUGGAUCUCGAAUUUCUACCAUUUUAAGGGAUCUUCCUACCAUCAAAAGCAUUUCGAUUUUCAUAUUUGUAUUAACAACCUUGCUAAUCACGUGCCUUGUCAUAAAACUAUUCAGAUCGGCAAAGAAGAUCAGAAAAACGCGCAAGUAUGACAUCAUCACAACUCCCGCCAAGCGUGUAGAGAUGGCGCCUUUAAAUGAGGAGAAUUACGAAGACGACGACUCGACUCUGUUCGAUGUUAAGUACAGGUGAAUUACAUUCUGCGCUCAGAGUCAUUGUUGAAGAUCUCUUUUAAACCCCCCCGGAUACCUCUGUGUGAACACAUCUAUACAGGAAUUGUGCUCCCUGCACCUCUGAUUUGAUCCUUGGCUUGAAACCUCAGUGGAACAAGAGUUUUUACAUGUAUUGAUGUAUUAUUGUGUUUUGGCAUUCAAAACCAGCAUGAAAUCUGAUGUUUUAUUAAAGUUUUUCUGUUGAAAGCACAGAAAGGUAAAGAUUAAGAAAAACAUAAAAAAAAAAAACACUUUUUUUCUUUGCUCCAAAGAAGGGAGACACUAAAAUAAGUCCUCCACAAAUUAAUUAUUGCUUUAAUAAUUGUACAACUUUUAAUAUUUUUCCUUUUGCCCAAAAACAUUCCACUUGUUUGGUAGAAAGUCUGUAAUUCAGCAUAAUAUUUUCAAUAUAGCCCUUGAAUGUAUUAGACAUUUUGAACAUUUCUGUUACAGUAUAUCACACUGAAGCUAUUUUACGUAAUAUAUUUUUAAAAAAUGUAAUCAUAAUAUCAAUACAUAUUUUGUGUUUUAAUAAAUCCAGACAAUUAUUAAAAUUAUUAUACGCAUGGAGCUCAAAUGUUAAGUCAAUCACAUUGUUUUAGUUUAAGUACUGUGAUUGAAUCAGCUCAAGGUUUCAAAUGAAAAUAAUAGUUUUAUAUUUGUGAUGGACAGAGAUUUUUAUUUUCUGAAUCUGAUGAUUGACGAUGUUUAUUGCUCCAAUACUGAAACUGUCUUUAUUAUAUACUAUUGUCUGUAUAUACUGUAAUCAAAUUAUAAUCUGAAAUAGUUUAUUUUUAGAAACAAAAAUCAUAUUUUGAUUUAAUAAGAGUAAUAUGUUUUAAACCUCCUCCCUAUAUUUUGAGAAUGAUUAAUUUACUAACCACUAAUUGUGCAUAUUUACUGUAUAAGGGUUGGAUGUAUGUGGAGUUGAGAGAUUAUUGUUACCAUAUUGCUGCUCUCAGAGGUUGGGGAUUGUUUUUUAUUGUGUCGCAUAUGCACACCUCCGUUUUGAAUUAACUGGUUUUGACAGUGGAAAACUGCAGUGCCACACAUCAUGAAGGGUUUAAACACAUAGCCGUUAUCAUAUCAGACAUAUUAAAUUAUAUUUCCCAGAUUUAGAGCAGCACUGAAAGAGUAUCUUAAAGCUACAGUGAUAUAUUGAAUUAUGGGUCACACUUUAUUUUAAGUUCCAAAUCUUUUGCUUCAAUAAACUCCUAAUUUGCUGCUUAUUAAUAGUUAGCAAGGUAGUUAAGUUAAGGUAUUGGGGAGGAUAAGGGAAGUAGAAUAUGGUCAUGCAUAUAUGAAUGUGUGCUUUAGAAGUACUAAUAAACAGUCAAUAAUAGGAAUGCUAAUAUAGUUAAUGGUGAGAACUGGUCCCUAUACUAAUGUGUUACCGAAUUAUGUGACUUUUCCUUAACUUCAUUGAGACUUCAUUGAUCUUAUAUUGAUGCUUCUACUUGAUGUUAAUGUGAAGGACUAAUGUCCAGCAACUAAGGGCCAAUAAGAAUUUUUACUGAGUUAUAACUUGUUUAUGGUGUAGCUGUAUAGAAACUGAAGUGUGUAAUUCUCUCUCCCUCUAUUCUGCUCUAAAUGUUUCCAACUUCCCAAUGCAUUUCCUACAAAUCUGAAUUCAUGCUUUAAAGUGAAGGAGAGGAAUGAGAUGUAAAAACAAGUAUUAAACACGAGCGAUUGCUGAUGGCUGUAAAACUGUAAAAGGUGGGGUUUUCCCCGCUUUGGCAUUCUGCAAUUGAACAUGUCUUAAAAUACAUGCUUUACAUUUUUCCUGGUUUUGUAUAACAUGUUUGCUAGUCUGAACACUGGAAAAAAAAAGUUUAAUUAUAUCAACAGCCAUCUUCUUUCUUUCCAUAGAAAACUUGUUGAUGUCUGUGCUAAUUGUAAAAUAUUGUUUUUGAAGUGUAUCAAAUCCUAAAUGUACUUUUUUUUUGUUCUUGAUUAAUGAAAUAAAUACAAAUCUUACCCCAAAA